CAUUUGCCUUGCAGAUUUGACACGAGCAGCAUCCACGCGACAUUGGUGACAAAACUACAAAAAUGCAGCUGGCGCUAGUGUCUUACGUGCUGCUCAUCUCCGGCACCAGCGGCUACAUCCCGCUGAGCUCCUUGAAGAAAGCCACCCCUGUGACGUCAACAAACCCUUCUAGUAAUAAUACUAGUACCAAUAACAAUAGUUCAAGUUCCAUCACAGAGUCACCAUGGGAGGAAAAAAUCGUGUUCGGAAACAACGAGGUGAGCACCAACAAGCGGAUCAACGACCGUUUUCUGGACAAACCCAUGCCGGAGGAAAAGCAUGAGGUGUCCGUCAACCGGAACAAGCGGCAACCAGAAGUGGUACGUCUGCACGACGAGAAACAGGUGACCAACACGGUCGAGAGCGUCAUCAAACACGUGGAGAACGUGAUUGCAGAGUUCAAGAAGAAGAAACGGUUCGACGAGGAAAAUGGUGGCAAGAUGGAGCACCGAGGAGGCUCCUUUGACCUUCCAGAGGUCAAGAAGUUCAUCUACGGGCCAAGCGGAGUGAAGAGGAUUGCUCGCCAGGGGGCGGUUUCUGACAGCAGCCAGUCUAGCAACGCCGCCCCCGUUGAAGGACGAAUCGUCAACCGCCCUUCUCAGCAGACCUUCAGCAACCCUAGCAUAGCCUUCGGCGGUUUCCGUCCAAUGACCAACAUUGGAAAUCGGCUGAUGAACUACGUGACCCCUGACCGGAACAAACCCUUCAUCACGGGCAACCCUCAGCAGCAACUGUUCAUUCCAAAUCAGCAGAUUUAUCAAAACAACUACCCCCAAUACCAAAACUACCCCUAUCCUCAGCAGCAGCAGCAGCAACAACAACAGCAGUACUACAACCAACAACCCUACUACAGACCCCAACAACAGCCAACACCGCCUCAGCCGUUCUUCCAGUACUACCCUGGCAACUACCAAACCCAAUUGGUGACGCACCACAUCCCUGUGACCAUCGCCAUUCCGUUCGCCGACCCCAGCACCUACCAGGCGAUCAACCCCAUCCCCAGAUCAGCAAGAUACACGCCACCAGCCAACCCAUUCAACGCGAGGGGCGGAUCAGCCCCUUUCACCGUCAGAACCUCGUCGCCCCAGAGACCCAUCCUCAACGCCAUAGCUGACCGCAUCAGACCACCCCUACCCCCUGGAAGGGGUAGGCCGGCGGAUUUGUCUGUUAACAUAUUCAAUAAAAAGUAGCUUUGUUUUCCUUUUAUGAUUUUGUUAAAAGAAAAAAUAAUGAAUUAGUUUUUAUUAAUGCGGGUAGUAAAUUACUUAUAAAGGCACGCACCAGCACAUUUUUUAAUGUGCGACAAGCAUUUAUGAAUAAUUUUGAAAUACAAAAUAAAUAAUUUCUGGUGUGAUCCUUUCAGAUUUAUUUCAUUGUUGAAUCAAAAGCCAGCAGGUCUCGGCGAUAAGAAACAAUAGAAUUUGUAAGAGAAUUGAUCUGUGUAUUGUACAAAUAGGCGCAA